AUGGAAAAGCAAGGCGUCAUAACCAAGACAGAAGUCCGCUACCUAGGUCACAUCCUGACCACGCAAGGCCUGCGCCUGGACCCGGACCGCGCAAAUGACAUCCUGCAGCUGGCGAUGCCGCCACCCUCGAACAGGAAGGAGUUGCAAGACGUUCUUGGAGCAACCAUUGAGGAUCCCGAACUCUCAAACCUGCGUGACUACGCGGAGACAAUCUGGCCUGAUAACAAGCAAGACGUCCCAGAAAUCGUCCGUCCCUACUGGGCGUACCGCGAGGAGAUACACACUCAAGACGGCCUUCUGUUUCGCAGCAAUAAGAGGCUGAUGGGACGACAGACGCGGACGCUGCUACCGGUACCAACAAGCCACCUGGAGCCGGAGACUGUGCCAUGUAAAGCCGUCCACAACCGCCUCAAGGAGAUCCGGCAGCGGCAGAUGACCUUCUACAACCGAAACUCCCGAAACCUGCCGCCAUUGUCACCGGGGCAACAGGUCACGACGUACGACACACGUCAGCGAACCUGGUCGCCAGCCGUCAUCCUGAGACCAGCGGACACCCCGCGUUCAGCGAUUCUUCAGACUGAAGACGGCCCCGAGAUUCGACGCACAAGAGAGCACCUAAGGGCGGCAGCAUCCCAGCCGGACUCAAGUCGACCUUCUACCGAAGACCGACCGGCAGACCAGGACAUCAACGAGCCCAGUCAAGAGCUACGCAGAAGUACCCGAGAACACCGGGAACCCUGCCGGUACCCACUGCCCGAGAGACUGUAA